AGUCUGCCCGCCGCUAUUGGACACCCACACACAAAACAACACGAAAAGAUGACGCUGCCCGAGUUUUUUGGCUGCACUCUGCUGGCAUUUGGACCACCGUUUUCGCUUUUCGUCUUCACCAUCGCUAAUGAUCCUGUGCGCAUCAUCAUCCUGAUAGCAGCCGCCUUCUUCUGGCUGCUCUCACUGCUGCUCUCCUCCCUGCUUUGGUUCGCUGUCGUACCUCUCCAAGAUGUGCUGGCAUUUGGUGUUGUGUUCUCGGUGUUGUUCCAGGAAUGCUUUCGCUACAUCAUCUAUCGCAUUCUGCGCAGCACCGAGCAGGGAUUGCACGCCGUCGCCGAGGACACGCGUGUUACUGAAAACAAGCACAUCCUGGCUUACGUUUCAGGUCUGGGAUUCGGCAUCAUUUCCGGCAUGUUUGCAUUGGUCAAUGUACUAGCUGACAUGACUGGACCCGCCACAAUGGGCUUGAAGGGCGGCACUGAGCUCUUCUUUAUCACUUCCGCCGCUCAAGCGCUGGCCAUUAUUCUGCUGCACACGUUCUGGAGCAUCAUCUUCUUCAAUGCCUUCGACACGAACAACUACUUACACAUUGCGUACGUGGUGGGCUCACAUCUCUUUGUCUCGCUGCUGACGCUGCUCAAUGCGGAUGCACAUUAUUGGGCCACCUUGCUGCCCAGCUAUAUUGUGACAGUGCUCACCGGAGUGUUGGCUUUCAAGGUGGCUGGAGGAAGUGCCAGAAGUGCGAAGCGGUUUAUAAUGUGUCAAUGAUCUGAUGACUUGUAGCAAUAACCUCGAAAGUAUUAGGCUUAAGUCGGAAUCCAACUGGAGGCGCAAAAAGGCGCUUUAACUUAAAAUAUAGGAAAGUCGAAAGGGAUCGGCUGUCAAAUACCCGCUACUCAUUUCAACGCGAUUUUAUGUGAUAAGAACAUUUGUACUGAUUGUUCUUUGUGUAACUUUGAAAUUUAUUACCCAUUUUUAAAGCAAUUAACCGCUCAAAGAAAUUUCUUGAAUAUCUUUUUAAUUUAUUAUCCGAUCGUAGAGAAAUUCUUAGGAAUAAUAAUGGCUUAAACUUUUUAAUUAAAAAAAAAGAGUUGUUUAAAAAAUUUGAGGGCUUACAAAAUAUGCUAAUACAAUAUCUUUAGCCUUCUGCCAAUAGCUGAUUCAUACCCUUUCCAAAUAAUUGUCUAGCGGGUAUUUUGAAUCCUGAUAUUGGAAGCGCUUUGUACGCUUUACCUUAAAUAAAUAUUAAGCAGCUUACAUUGUACUAAACUUA